AUGUACCAGAGCUGUAGAAGGUGCGGGGAAGAAGGUGCUAGCACGGGCAAAACAACUACCAAGAUUCAAGAGCCAAAUUUGUCGAGCGCACCGAAGAACGAACUCACCAGGAUACGAAGAGAGCUAGGCGAAAACCAUUGCGCGUCUUCUGGCGCAGUGUCGAGCACCGGAAAGUACGAGGAAAUGCUUUCACAGGAGCUCUUCUCGGCUCGCCCAAUCAAUCACUCCUAUGCAAGUCACAGAACAGCUAGUUUUUAUUCUCCCACCAUCUCCCAUUACGUGUCGUUGAGCCCGCGUCCCAACCUAUCAAAACUGUCCCAUGGGCUUACGAACAUUGCCCCUGUGGAGAGGUCUGUGAGCAUCGUUGACGUCGACGUGUUCGCAGUGGUCUGGGUGCCAGUUGCCUCUGUCGUAUCUGAAGGAGGAGCGCUCCCCCCUCCCCCCUCCAUCAUCAACUCCUCUACUUUAGCCAACCCCAACUCAUCGUCGUUGUCACCUAACCCCCAACCCCAUCUGCAUCCAACAACAACAACAAUUCUGCUCCUCACCGCAAACCCGCGGGGCCCAGAACAGACAAAACACAUCUCUGUCAGGGAUGUCCGUCUCCUAAUCGCUGUACCUCUUGACUGA